AUGGCGCAUGGGCCAUGGUCUCUGCCCCGAGACCACUGCAUGUCACCAACCGUCCCAGAUGACGCUACGGCUCCUCCAUCUCCACCUCGUAUCGCUCACGCUCAGGUUCAGUCUGUCAGCGCAAAGACGAUCGUCACCUCAGCGAACGGACCCCAGGCCCCUGGGCCUCGGCAACACGCGUCGUACGCACCGCAGUUCAAGGCCACAGCUCAACUCAUCUUGAGCCGAUUCCGUGCAAUGGACAGGGGGCCCGCGUCGAAUGUACCAGGCCAGACGCCGUCGUCAACCUCGGCAGACGAUGCGGGCGACGACAGACCCGACGGGCCAAACCCGGCCGAUGAACUGACCGUGGCUUUACCCACCGGACCGCCUCCUCUGAGCAGCGGUGGCGCAUCGUCCUCGCAACACGGUCUGCACCACGCAGCUGCCGUCUCCUCUAGCCUCAAGCGCAAGAGGGAUCAGGGCUACGAAGUCCCAGACUUUACGCAAGACACCGUCUCGUUACCCGCAAGCAAGGCGCCCGCUCGCCAAGCCAAUGCGGCGACGUUGCCGGCCGUCAGAGGGGACACGCGAGCUGCCGCGGACGCUCAAGACACAUGCUCGGCCUCCACCACCGACUGUUCGGCGAACCCGUCCUGGCCGAGCACCAGUCGCCCGCCUUCCAUUACCGACGGAGUAGCCGCCGCGCAGCCGGAACUGGUGGGCUUCUGCGCCGGAGAAGCAUCCGACUUCCUCCGCUCGCGGUACUUUCUGAAAAAGACGCGAGCGGAGCUGCUGCGCAUCCUGGCCUACUGCGACCAAAUCCGUCCCCAGCUGCUGUCCGACAUCCUCGUCUCCGUGUCAAAGAAGCACCCUGAGCUGCCAAUCUUCGACUCUGCCGACUGGCAGAGAUCCGUGUCGGACGCUCCCAGCUCUCGCGCGAGCCAGGCCCUCCAGGGAAGCCGUCCGACCGGCAGACCCAGGCACGGGCACGGGCACGCCGCGACGAAUCCCACGGCACGGCAAAGGCAAAAGAACGCCAAGAAGGCGUUCAAGCGGUUGAUCCUCGCGCAGAGCGGGCCCAACGAGCAGGCGGACGAGGAGGACGCCUACGCGGAAGACGAGACUCUUCCGCCGACGUGGCCCAAGGCCGGUGAGGGCUUGUACGCGAAACUGCCUCCCGAGACGGAGGAUAGGGCCUUGUUGAUGGACGAAAACGAUGAUGAGGCGUUCAGUCAGUUCCUCGUGGACAAGUUUGGGAAGCCGGUUGCUGUACCAGCGUGCGCCAUGUCAAAAGGUUAUCAUUAA